ACAGAACAAACCACAGAGGCUUCGGAGAUGAGUGCUGGAAGUCCUGGCAUGUGGGGUAGCUGGGGGCCAUGGUCAGCGUGUUCACAAACAUGUGGGAAUGGAGUGAAAGAACAGACUAGGCCCUGCCUCCCAGUGACAACUCCUUACCAGAGAGGGAUUAUUUAUCCGAGGAACGGACCCUCCUUUUCAUCUUCUGACCAGUCGCGCUCUCCCACCUAUUCUCGUUACCAGAAGGAAAGCAUGAAUCUACACUCUGGCCAUGUUUUCUCUGCUCUUCGCCCUUCACUUCCACUGCACAGGAGUAAGGGUCACCUCAAACCAGAACUUCAGUCAUCAGCUUCACUGAGCAGAAAUGAAAGCCAGAUUAGUCAGGAAAUUUUAAGAGGAAGCCGGCGUUCUUUGUUACAAGGACAGAGUGCAGAGUUGGCGAGGAGGUUUCGAACGAAAAGUUCUAUUGUACCUGGUAAAUAUGGAUAUGGAAGAGUGCCGUACGUACUACCACUGCAGACUCUCGUAGGACAGUUAUCACAACAAGCUAAGAGGCAAAAACGUCAGAGGUUUGGAGGACACAGACAUUCUCAGAAUCAAAAACCAAUUCCUUUCAGCCAGCAUUUCAAUGUGCAUCAAGGUGGCUUCCAGAUCAAACCUCUGCUUCAGACUUCCAGUUCCCCAAAUCAUCAGCCUGCUUCUCAUCACUCUCAAACCUUUCACUCACUUCAAGGUGCCAAUUCCAAUUCUGAUUCAUCCAACCUUUCCAGCCAAGAUGUACAACAGACAGGCCAAGACACACAUCUGACAGCUACAAACAGCAUCACCUGCACGGGAGCAUACAAACAGUACAGGCUGUGUAACAUUGAUUCAUGUCCGCGAAGUGGCAGAGACAUUAGAGAGUUACAGUGCGCAUCCUACAACAAUCAACCAUUCAUGGGACAGUUCUACGAGUGGGAGCCUUUCAAUGAUGUCCGUGGCCAUCAGAAGUGUGAACUAAACUGCAGGGCAGUUGGAUACCGUUUCUAUUUACGUCAGGCUGAGAAAGUAAUUGAUGGGACACCAUGUGACCCCAAUGCAACAUCUCUGUGUGUCUCAGGGCAAUGUAAGAAAAUCGGCUGUGAUGAGUAUCUGGGAUCAGACAAACUGAUGGAUAAAUGUGGAAUUUGUGGAGGAGACAACACUGCUUGCAACGUCAUUUCUGGGGUCUUCAAACGCAGGCUGCCGACUGUUGGAUAUCAUAAAAUAGUGGAGAUUCCAAAAGGAGCCACUAAAAUUAAUGUGACGGAGUUGGCCAAAAGUAGAAAUUACCUGGCACUGAGAAGUCACUCUGGACGAUCAAUCAUUAACGGUAACUGGGCUAUCGAUCGACCUGGCAAAUAUGAAGGAGGAGGAACCAUGUUUACAUACAAGCGACCCAAUGAAAUUAGCAGCACUGCAGGAGAAUCCUUCCUGGCUGAGGGACCAACAAAUGAAGCCUUGGAUGUCUUUAUGAUCUACCAGCAGUUGAAUCCUGGCAUUCAAUAUGAGUAUAUUCUUCCCAAGACAAAUGUUGUCAGUCAUCAGGUACCACCCAGCAUCAGACUAGGUAAACUACUCAAUGGGCAGUUGGAUGUUACAGAAGAUUCCUUUGCAGUAAAUUCAGGUUAUGAGAGUACAAAUUUUCAGACUCGGGAUCCUGGAAGAUUCCCACCUCAUGAUCCUGGCACACAGGUACCAGUCAUGCAACCACCAAGGCAUUUCCAUGAAUACAACUGGAAAAAGGUUGGGAUGACAGAAUGUACGGCUACUUGUGGCAGAGGUUCACACUAUACAGUAUUUCACUGUGUGAAUAGAAACACACUUGAGGAAGUCUCAGACAAUCUGUGUGAUAUCAGCAUAAAGCCCAGCUCUGAGGAAGAGGCCUGCAAUAUCAACUCCUGUCCAGCCUUUUGGGACAUUGGAGAAUGGUCUGAGUGCAGUAAAACAUGCGGACUGGGUAUGCAGCACAGACAGAUCCUGUGCAGACAGGUCUAUGCAAACUAUACGACAACAGUACAACCAUACCGGUGCCAAUUCUUAGAGAAACCUGAAACCAUCAGCACAUGCCAGAUGAAAAUUUGUAGUGGGUGGCAGAUCUAUACAGAAUGGAGUUCUUGUUCAGCUCCUUGUGGAGUUGGUCAGAGAAACAGAGAUGUGAAGUGUGUGAGCAAUUUGGGUGAUAUCGUGGAUGAUGAAGAAUGCAAUAUGAGACUGAGGCCAAAUGAUAUUGAAAACUGUGACAUGGGGCCAUGUGCAAAGAGCUGGUUCUUCACUGAAUGGAGUGACCGGUGUUCAACAGAGUGCGGUGAAGGAAUGAAGAGCAGGUCGGUCAUCUGCCUCACCAAUCACAUCAGCAGUCUACCAUUGGAAGGAUGUGGAAAUGAGCGACCAACAGACACAAUGAGAUGCAGAAGCAAUCCAUGUGAUAGCCAUGUCCAGUGGUUCACUGGGCACUGGAGUCAGUGUUCCACUGAAUGCAGCAAUGGAACCCAGUACCGGGAUGUAAUAUGCAUCAGAAAAACACAAGACAACUUUACAGUGGUGAACUCCUAUGAAUGCGCUGCUGUGAACAGACCUCCUACUCAGCAAUCUUGCUACCUCAAGCCUUGUGGCGCAAAAUGGUUUUAUACUGAAUGGAGCACAUGUUCCAAGUCAUGUGAAGGAGGGUUUAGAGUGCGUGAAGUCCGUUGUCUAGGAGAUGACAUGAUUCCUAGUGAGCGGUGUGAUAUUAAUCAGAAGCCAGAGGAACAUCAAAGUUGCAACAAUAAGCCUUGUACCCCACAAAUAGAUGAAAGCUGCAUAGAUAAAUAUUACAACUGCAACGUGGUGGUACAGGCACAGCUGUGUGUAUAUUCUUACUACAAGACGGCCUGCUGUGCUUCCUGUACCAAAGUGGCUAAAAGGUUAUCAGCAUUUCUGGGUCGCAGAUAACAACUACUUUUAGAUUUGCUUCUAAAUGAAUAUUGUUUUACUGUAUUUUGUAUUGCGCAAUUCACAUUUUGUAAGGGAGACCUGUGUGUUAACAUUAACCCUUGUAAAGGAGUGCACAUUGCCACCCUCAAACUGGUUAGGCAAACUCAAACUCACUUGAAAAGUGACUUGUCUAAUCACUUAUUGCCAGAUUUGGCUGAACUAUGUGUCACUUUACAAUACGUUACU